CAACAAACACACAAUCGAGCAAGCACACAAGGAGCUAGCACUUUCAGAAGCUAGCUACUGCCUUGCAGCCAUGGAGCUCCUCCCUUGCAUCGCCACCCUGCUCCUCCUCCUCUCUUGCUCCCUGGCGGCAGCGACGACGGCGCCACUGGGGACGAUCGAGCGCGUGACCAAGCAGCGGAUCCUGGCGAGCAUCCCGCCCGGCGGGCGCCCGCCCGUGCUGUUCCUCACGUCGCCGUCCGGCAAGUACGCGGCCUACUUCGUGCGCACGCACACCGUUCCGGGUGCCGGCGGGCUCGGCGCCGACUUCUGCUACGUCGAGGUGGUCGACGCCGCGACGGCCGGCGCCCAUGGCGGCGCCGCCGAGGGCGAGGAGGACGGCGUUGCCGCAGCAGCAGCAGCCGCGAGCGGGAAGAGCGUGUGGGAGUCGGAGUGCCGUCCCAUCAGCACGGUGAACACGUGCACGCUGCUCUUCUCGUGGCACGGGCUGGAGGUGUUCGACGGCAGGGAGGAGGUGUGGCACGGCGAGACCAACACCGACGGCACCAACUUCCUCGAGACGCUCGAGCUCGUCGACGACGGCGACAUGCGCAUCCGCGACAAGGACGGCGAGCUCGCCUGGCGCGCCAGCGACGAGCCGCGCCACGCGCAGCACUGCGGCGCGCCGGGCUCGCCGGGCCUCGCCACCGCGCUCCCGCCAUUCGCCGAGCCCCUCGGCGCGCACAGCAGCAACCUGCCCUUCGGCAUGGAACCUGACGGCAACGGCCACUCGGCCGACCUGCCACAGGCGGCCGACGUCGGCACCGGAGCAGCAGCCCUCGGUGGCGCCGCGGGGGUGGCCGCGCCUGGGCUCGGGGAGGGAGAGCCCGACGCGGCGGCCGACGUCGGCAGCGGAGCAGCGGCCGUCGGUGGCGGCGCGGGGGUGGCCGGCCCUGGCCUCGGAGCGGGAGAGCACGACGCGGCGGCCGAGGAGGGCGGCGCCGUGGCGGGGUUCGAUCCCCAGCCGCUAGUGGACAACAGUCCCUAUGACAGUGGGGCCUGGAAAGAGGGCCGUGGGGCCCAUAUCGCCGCCAUUGGCGUCGCUGUCUGCGUCUCAGCCGUGCUUGGCACCAUGGGCGUGGGUCUCUAAAUUUGGCAUGGCUGACGAUGGUGCUGCAAUUGCUUGGCUGCGACGAACUGAUUAAACAAGAGGGUGGGGUGGGUGAUGCCUUGGUGUUGCAUUUGGUGAUGGAAAGUGUGUGUGUUUCUUUUUCUUCUUCUUUUAAUUAUGCGCGUGUAUCAAAUACAGUGUAAGAAGGGAUGUUUGUGAUUGGGUAAUUGGAAUCAAUAGCAUAUUGUAACGGGUAAAUGUACUCCAUUGCUUCUAUUAUGAAAAAUUAAUAUAGUAGCAAUUUAAUUUGGGGUUA